GGAAAAGCCUGCCCACUCUUGCUAUGUUCCCUCCUGCCAACAGUUUUGCCUUCUGGAAGGAGCUAUCUUGGAUUAAUUAAUAAGGAGAAAAAACAAUGGCAAGUAAGAAGAAAGAAAUUCAACUACAGGCAGUAAUACUCAAUCAAACACAAUGGGAUGAGAUGCUGCUAAAUAAAGGUCUAACAGUGGUAGAUGUUUAUCAGGCAUGGUGUGGACCUUGCAAAGCUGUAGUAAACUUGUUUAGGAGGCUAAAAAAUGAAUAUGGUGAAGAUAAUCUUCUACAUUUUGCUGUGGCAGAGGCUGAUAGUGUGGUGACCCUGCUCCCAUUUAAAGAGAAAUGUGAACCUGCUUUUGUCUUCUGUCUGGAUGGCAAGAUAAUAGAUAUUGUAAGAGGAGCAAAUGGACCUCUUCUAAACAGAAAAGUAAUAGAACUAAUUGAACUGGAAAGAAAAAUUGUAGCCGGAGAAGUGAAAAGACCAGAGAUGCCAGAACUCAUGUUUAUAGAAGAAAAAGAAUCAGAAGAAGAACCUGAAGAAGAAGAAGCUGGAGAGGAGGAAAAAUGUGUGGUUGUCAUUAUAAAACCUGAUGCUGUUGCAGAAGGAAAAGUUGAAGAAAUUAAGCAAUUGAUUAUUGAAGCGGGCUCCGUCAUUCUUGCAGAAGAGAAGAAGAUUUUAACUGAUGAUCAAGUUAGGAAUUUUUAUGAAAGCAAAUCAAAAGAGCCUGAUUUUGAAGACUUUGUUUCACAUAUGCUGUCUGCACCAUCCUAUAUUCUGAUAAUAUCUGAAGGAAAGCGUGGCCAAAGUAUGCCUUUUUUACAUGAAUUGGAAGCAGUGGAAGAGGAAGAGGAGGAAGAAGAAGAAGAAGAGGAAGAGGAAGAAAAGGAAGAAGAAGAAGAAAUGAAAGAACAAGGAGAAUUUUUAUCUGAAGCAUGGAGGAAACGCUCUGUGACACCUGUAAUUGGCUUGAAAGAGAUGUUACAAAACCAAGACCUGUUACAUCACUGUGAUAUUCAGGAUCGUGUUGAAGAAACAAGCAGGCAACUUGCCUUCUUUUUCUCUGAUUUUUCCAAGCAAAGGAAUGAAAAAGUUGUUGAACGAACAGUGGCAUUGAUCAGACCUUCUCUUUUAAAAGAAAGAAGAGAAUCUAUUCUGACUAGAAUUGUAGAAAAUGGCUUUGAAAUAGCCAUGCAAAAGGAAAUCAUCUUAUCAGAAGAACAAGCUCAUGAAUUCUACCGAGAACAUGAAAAUCAAGAUUAUUUUCCAUUUCUUUUGGAACAAAUGACCAGUGGGCCAACUCUUGCUCUUGCUUUGGUACGAGAGAAUGCAAUCCAAACCUGGAGGAAUUUAAUUGGCCCAAAAAUAGUCCAAGAAGCAAAGGAACAAUACCCCCAAAGUUUACGUGCUGAAUUUGCAGUCCAUGAUUCUCCAAUCAACCAGCUGCAUGGUAGUGCAAACAUGAAUGAAGCUACAAAGGAAUUACAAUUCUUCUUUCCUGUAGAAAACACUAUGGCUCUCAUUAAACCCUCUGCUUUUGAAGAGAAAGAUAAAAUUAUAAAUGAAGUAAAAGAUGCUGGAUUUCUAAUCUCAGAAUUGAAAGAAGCACACAUAAGUCCUGAAAUAGCAGCACAAUUUUAUCAAGAUCAUGAAGAUAAGCCAUAUUAUAAUCAGCUAGUGGAUUAUAUGUCAAAAGGCCCAUCAAUGGUCAUGGUUCUAACUAAAGAAAAUGCUGUGGAGGAAUGGCGACAAUUAAUGGGACCAACAGAUCCAAUGAAAGCCAAAGAAACACAUCCUAAUUCAAUACGUGCUAAAUUUGCAAGCGAUAUUAUGCAAAAUGCUGUUCAUGGGUCCUCAAAUGAGGAACAUGCUAAAAAAAGCAUUAACUUUAUCUUUGGAGAUAUUGAUUUAGAGAGCCUAAAGUACAAAUACAUUUAUAUGUAAAUUUCAGAGAUGACCUGUU